UGUCCGUGCAUAGCAAGCUAGUAAUGAUUUUUUAUUUUAUUUUUAAAACACAAUUAUUAAUACCUUGUUCAAAUCAGACCUAAAUCUCUAAAACCGUAAAAUAUCUCUUAAGGGUUAUCGCCGGCGCUCUUGUCAACUUAUCCAUGGACGAAAUCGCCAACAAGGGGCUUGAAGUGAAGCGUAGUCGAAAAAUCCGUGACAGUGACAUUGAGAGGAUUAGCGUUACGGGAUAUGACAUUGAGCUUCCUCGUGAACAUGUCGAGAGUGAGUUGAAAAAACUUUUCUCUCCAUGUGGAGAGAUCACGGAUGUUCAUAUUCCCGAAACUCGCAAUUCUUCUCUCUGGAGUCAUGCUUUUAUUUAUUUUGUGGGAGAAGGCACAGCAGACAAGGCCUUGCAACUCAAUGGAAGUGACAUGGGAGGAUGGACUGUCGAUGCUGAGGCCGAUCCCUUUCCGAAAGAAGAAGACAAUUGCGUUGAGUUAGAGGUUGAAGGAUACGAUACGACACUUCGCUUAGUGAGUCUGAUAUCAAGUGCGAGUUGAGUAAACUUUUCUCUUCAUGUGGGAAGGUUGAUCAUGUCAUGAUUUUCGAUAGCUUCUCUAUAGUGUAUCUACUGGGAGAAGACGCAAUAGACAAGGCCCCAAAACUUAGUGGGACCGACAUGGGAGGGGGGCGCAAAGCAGUUGUUCGGUUUGUUGCUUACCAUGGAAGAAACAUUUUCCACCCCCGCCGCCAGAAAGGCCGCAUCAUUUGUGGCCGCCCAGAUGAAAAGCCAAAGAUGGCUGCCAUAAUGAAGAUAAUUAAGAAGCCAAAGAGGACUGCAAAAAAGAAGAUAAUUAAGAAGCCAAAGAUGACUUUGGAGUAG